CUGGUCGGUGCUGUUGGCUGGAGUUGUAUUUCUCGAGUCCCUCCCACACCGUCACGCUCUCACUCGCUCAGGUACCAGCCCAGCCCAGUGUUGAUACUACGGCAAGGGUAGAGUUGUGUUGUGUGGGUCGCCUCAUCCUAGCGGUUACCUCCAGUGUCUGUAACCCGCCCACUUAGCCAGCGUCUCUGUAGCCUGCCAUCACCAGCUCUACCCAUCACCACCAGUGAAAUAUUAUAAAAGAAAAAAAUAAUAAUACUAGAAGCUGGAAAACAAAAACUCUCUGAAUAUAUUUAUACGUGGAGAAGUAAUUUUAGUGGAGACAAAAUCGCUUCAAGAAAAAGAAAAGAAAAUGUAACUUUCCAGUUUUAACGUGACGCCAAAGACCACAGCCCUUGUGCAGACUAAAAGAAAACAAGUGUGAUUGAACUUAACUGUAAUAAAAAUAGAAAAAAAAAACGCCAUAGAGAUGUGGAAAGGGGAGGUGAAUUAAAACGAUAGUAAGAUAUUUAGGUGACGAAGGCGUUUACUGAUGAUGGAACCUAUGUGCUGGGUGGCGGCGAGAGGGGGCGUGUUGUCUGUACGGCCCGCGGUGAUGCCUCCAGCCUCCACCUCUCUCUACUCUCUGUUCUUCCUCAUCACAGUCGUCGCUGCCUCCUUUGACUUUGUGGUAAAGCCGGAGUUCGGUGAGGCGUCUUCAGACCUCAAUGUGACAGCGUUCGCCGGACAGACUGGCAGGCUGCCGUGUACCGUCAAACACCUCGCCGGCAAGAGGGUAUCAUGGAUUAGGGGGCGGGACCUACAGGUGCUCUCUACAGGCCGCAUAACCUUCUCCACCGACCUGCGGAUCGCUGUCCUGCCCGGCACCACAAAAUUCAAGUCUCGAAAGUCCCGGGACGUGUCACACCAACUGUGCCGAGGCCGCGUACAUGACAUGCCCAACAGCACACACGGCGGAGGCGGUCAUCACGGGCAUCAUUCUCAUAUGUGUGUCAACUCAGAGAGGAAACUUCUCAUCAACCUUGGCAUCACCACACAGACUCACCGAGAUACAACAACUAAGACUCCAGAUGUGAGUCGAGCUAAGAACAUUCAUAAAUUAUAUCUGUACAACAGUCGACGGAGAAGAUAUAUUAAGAAACAGAAUGAGAAGGACUUAGAGUCGUACAGGAGGAGCGGACAGUCUGGCGUCAGGUCAGUACCCAACAGAAGGAAACGACGUGGCCGCAGAGAACAGGACAUCUUCAAACACUGGAACACCGAGUACCACCACCACAACACUAAGAAAGGUCUGGAAACCUUCUCCAACCUACUGCAGUACGCUGGUCGAGCACACUCCUCCGACGACCAGAUUAAGACUGCAGAGCCUCAAGCCUACGCCCAGUAUAACAGCCCCAUCGCCAUAUACCCACAGGGACCUUUCGCCCAGGGCAUAGAGAACAAGGGAGCUCAACCCGGCCCUAACUACAUCGAGGGCGUGUGGGAGCCUGAGGACUACACCUUACAGAUCAAAUCCAUCAAGACAGAAGACGCCGGUACCUACAUCUGCCAAAUCAACACAGAACCUCGGAUAUCACAAGUAGUUCACCUCAACGUAGUCAAGAUGCGAGCAGAGAUUGUGGGAAGUAAGGAGCUAUACGUCAAGGCUGGUACUCCCGUUAGUUUGGCCUGUCGAGUCAACCAUGGAACACUUAUGCCAGGUUACAUUCUAUGGUAUAAGGGAGAGAGACUGGUGGAAUAUGACACCAGCGGCGGCCGUAUCCAGGUAGUGACAGAGGCUGACGGAGUGAGUCACCUGCUACUGAAGGAUGCUCACCCUAGCGACUCGGCGAAUUAUACCUGUUCCCCAUCGAGUGGUACACCGGCCUCCCUCCUGUUAAACGUCAUUGUAGACGAGCGGCCGGCGGCCAUGCAGCAGGGGAACUCAGCGCCUCACCUCCCGUCUUCCUCCUCCGUGUUGGUGUUUCCUGCUGGUGUACUGGCCACCCUGAUCACCUCCCUCACCCACCACCACCACGCCCUCAUCACCACCACCAGCAGUACUGUGGUGGGCGCUCUGCUGUGGUGCUCCCAAUACACGGUGUCCACCUCCCCCACAGACUGCUCCUCCUACUACUACUACUGGAUAUUACUAGCAUCUGGUGUUAGUAUGGUCGCCGGCCUGGUCCUGAUGGCUCUGAUCUACCGAGUUGCCAUAAUCUGCCAGUUGAGGCUUCGGUCACUCUGCCAGGGGUUCGUCGGGUCCACAAGGGCGGGAGAGAUGGGCGUGUCGGCACCCUCCAGACAGUGUGGGUCACAAUGGGUGGUAGUGGCAGCAGUUACUCUCGCCCUGUGUGUCUCUCUGUUUCUGACUCUCAGCCACUUCUCCCGUCUCCAGCGUUAGGUGUAAUAACUGGUGAAAAUUAAUGGCUCCAUGUAUUUUGUGUGUAAGAUUAAACUUAAUAUUUUUUUAGAAUAAACAUUGUCUAUUA